AUGGCUCCUUACCACAUCUGCAAAUACCGGGAGAGCCACCGCACACAGGUCCUGGACUUGUUCUCCCAGGCGAUGGAAGAGUACGUCCCCACCACCUUCCGCCACAUCCUGAAGCUGUCCCGAACCCUGGUGCUCUUGCUGGGGGUGUCCCUCGCCCUCUUCCUUGUCUCUGGCUCCUGGCUCCUGGCCCUGGUAGCCAGCUUCACCCUCCUCACUGCUCUGAGAUUCCUCUCCAAAUACCCCUGGACCAAGUUUAAAGUCAUGUGCUUGCGCACAGACGUGUCCGACAUCAGCAAGUCCUACCUGAGUGAGCCCGGCUCCUGCUUCUGGGUGGUCGAGGCUGAGGGGCAGGUGGUGGGCAUUGCGGGCGUGCUGCCCAUCAAGGAGCGCCCCCUGCCGAAGGAGCAGUGGCAGCUGUUUCACCUGUGCGUAGCCUCGGCGCACCGGCGUCAGGGGAUAGCGAAAGCCCUGGUCAGGACUGUCCUCCAGUUCGCACGCAACCAGGGCUACCGCCAAGUCGUCCUCAACACCAGCGUGCUGCAGCAUUCGGCCUUGGCCCUCUACCAGCGCAUGGGAUUCCAGAAGACAAACCAGUUCUUCUUCUCCCGGAGCUGGAGUCUAGUUGCUUUUCCUUCGGUUAUGUUUGUCUACCACCUGCCCUCUGCUCAGGCCUCUCAGGCACAGGAGUAG